AUGUCGACCCCCAAGGCGCGCAAGUCCGUCAAGGUGGGCGGCAACGUGGGCGUGCUGACGGGCCGCCGCAACCGCCAGCAGACCAUGCUGUCCAUCCGCAAGGCCAAGAAGGAGGACGCGUACGCCACGCGCCGCAACCUCAAGGCCAACCACCCGCCGGCCGCCGCGCAGACCGCCAGCCGCAAGGAGCUGCUGCUCAACCUGGCCUCGCGCUCCCAGGCCCUGCUGCUCGGCAUCCAGCGGCCGGAUGCGCUCACGAGGCAAAAGUCCAUGCGCGCCUUCGUGUACCUGUUGUCCAGCGGCGUGCCACCGCUCUUCGACGAGAGCGACUCGCAGCACGAGGGUCUGUGGCGCACCAUCCUGGCCGCGCUGCCCUCCUUCGUGGCCAUCCUGAACGAGGACCUGCCCGACGCCAACGCCGCGCAGCUGCACUCUGACGCGGCCUUCGCGCUGCGCUUCAUCUCGUCCAUGGACAAGGCCAGCGCCGUGAUCGCGUCGGGCGCCGUGCCCAAGCUCGUGCAGCUCUUCCAGUCGGGCAUCUCGGAGCUGCAGAUCCAGGCCGCCUGGUGUCUGGGAAACAUCGCGUCCGCGUCCGCCGAGAGCUGCCAGGAGAUCGUUAAGGUGUGUCCGCCCAGCGUGGUGCUGCCGCACAUCCGCAUGGCCACGCCGUCGCUCCGCCGCGCAGCAGUGUGGCUGCUGCGCAGCCUUGUCGAGUUCCCCGACGUCCUGGACAAGAGCGGCGUCAUGGGACCGGAUACCAAGCGCGAGAUGAUGGAGUUGCUCUCGAGCAUCAUCCUGCAGCUCUCGAACGAGAAGGUGAGCAACUUCGUCUCGGCCAACGGCCAGGCGGGCGAGGCGAUCAAGUUCAAGAAGGCGGCGGCCAUCGCGCCAUGGCGGAUCUUCGAGAUCAACACGGGCAAGCCCGCACCGAACGAUAUCGCCGUCGUGCGGUUCGUGCGCGAGGUUGAUGAAACGACUGUGGAGGUCAUGGACGUCGACGUGAACUUCGAGACGGGCGAGAACAUGGUGUUCCAGGCGAAGAAGGCGGAUAUGCGGCCACUGCAGGUGAUGGACGACGCCAUUGGCGAAGACGACGAGCUCGAGGACGAAGAGACCGACCUGCUGGAUGAACAAGUACUGACGCUGUGCGAUAGCUGCUGGGCGCUGGUCGAGAUGACGCUGCACGACAGCGACGUCGUGGGCGGCAUCGUUAACGCCGGCCUGUGCCCGCGGCUGGUGGAGCUGCUGUACAUUUCACAAAGCAGUGUUAUCUUGGCACCAGUGCUGAGACUACUGGGUAACAUUGUGUCCGCGGAGAUUUCCUUCUCCCAAGCCGUGAUCGACGCCAAGCUACUAGAGGUGAUCCCUAGUGUUAUGACGACAACAAGUCGAGCAGUGCGCGAGGAGGCGUGCUGGAUGCUGUCAAAUAUUGCUGGCGGUCAGGAGGAGCAGGUAGUCGCGAUGAUGAACGCCCCUGGAGUUAUCAACGGACUGGUGGAGCAGAUGGCGUGGGCCGAGUACGGCGUCAAGCGCGAGGCUACAUGGGCGAUGUGCAACAUAAUCGUACGAGCGAACCUCGACUUUAUCAAGGAAGUCGUGCGGAUGGGCGUGCUGCAGUCGUUCUGCCCGCUCCUGGACGAGUGGGAGGACCCGAUGGUGGAGCUCGUCAUCUUGGAGGCGAUCGAGAGCCUGCUGCAGAAGGACCCGCAGGUGGGGCGCAUAGCUGUCGAGGAGAGCGGCUGCCUGGAGAAGAUAGAGGAGCUGUCCUAUUACCAGAACGACGACGUGAGCAGCAUGGCGUCGCAGCUGAUAGACACGUGGUUCGACAACGCCGGCGACGAGGCGGACGCCACGCUGGCGCCGGCCGUGGUGGGGUCCGAGCAGACCGGCGAGGCGCUCAACUUCCAGCCCGUGCAGGGCGACGUCCAGUUUAACUUCACGCAGAGUUGA